UUUGGGUCCUUUGAGAGAUUGGAAAUUGAUUUUCGACCAAGAAUAUUUUGGGUUCAUGACACUCUGGUUAAAAAAAAGAAGUUAAAAUAGGAGACCAAAGUCAUAAAAUAGAAGAGAAGAUGAGAGACUAUAAGUGUAUUUUAGUAAAGAACACAUGUCUGAGGAAAUUUGCUUCCUAGGUAUAAAUUUAAUGUUUUAUCAAUUUCAGGGCUAAGAUGGCAAGUGAAGGGUUGAAGUCUCUAUUUUCUAUGGAAGAUAUUUCGGUAAUGGGGCUUUGGGAGCUUUUGCCUCAUCUGUAUAGAAUCNGACUAAAACUGAAGGAAACAGUUGAAGCAGAUGUUCUAUUUGAACCUCAUGUUGUAUUAACGGUUGAUUCUAAGGGCUUUUCUUUUCGGUUCUUGAAACAACUUAGAGCUAGAUACAUUCAGAAAAAUUUGGAUUUUCCAUCACACUUUCACUAUGUAGCACCAUCUUUCUGGGCAUGGAAAGGAGGUGAAGCAACACUCGGAGGACUAGCAGAAUUUGUGGAUCAUCUAUUGUGCAUACUUCCUAAUGAAGACAGAAUAUGUAGAUUGAAUAGAAUGCACGCAACAGCUGUUGGGCAUCCGGUCUUGGAAGAUGUUCUGGAAUUGAAUUUGAGAAACAAGUCCACGAUUCAUGAAUGGAGGGCAAAAGGCAAUGCUGAAAAUUUCCGAAAUAAGUAUGCAGUGCCAGCAGGAGCCACCGUGAUUAGCUUACUUCCUGGAAGCAGAGUGCAAGAAGUCAAUCGGAUGCUUCCCAUCUUUUCAGAUACUGUGAAACUGAUGAAAGACACAGUUCCACAGUUGAUGACAAUCAUUCAUGUAGCACCUAAUGAGCAUGUGGAAAAUUUUAUAGCUGGUGCUAUACAUGGAUGGCCUGUGCCAGUUAUAUUGAUUUCAGGUGGAACAACACAACUAAGAUAUGAUGCUUUUAGUGCAAGUAGAGUUGCUUUAUGCACAUCUGGAACCGUUGCUGUGGAGCUGCAGCUUGCACGAUUACCCUGUGUUGUUGCAUAUCGUGCCCAUAUAUUGANAGAAUGGUACGUUCGGUACAAAGCUAAGAUACAGUACAUGUCACUUCCCAAUAUUUUUUUGGACAAGGCCAUUAUUCCUGAAGCACUCUUUCAAUCUUGCAAACCGGCAAACUUAGCCUUGUUGCUCAAUGGUUUAAUACANGAUAGUGGUUGUCGAGAAGAACAAAUAAUUGCUGCACAAAAGUUUGUCAAGCUUCUAUUGCCUUCAGAGAGAACAAAGCACAACCUUCCACAACAAACUUCGAGAUCUUAUGUGGACUACACUCCAAGUGCAAUUGCAGCAUUGACUAUAUUAAACCAUGGGAAACCAGUGACUAGUAUCUAACGACAUCUCUUUCUGCGAUUCUUUGCCUUUGGAUUUUUAAACUGCAAAGGAAUGUAUGUCUGCAGCUGAAGAACAAUGAUCUGAAGCCCUACGUUGUUUUCUACGCGGACCCUGAGCGACGUCUGGCCAUCAAAUCCAACAACUUCGACAAUACCUCCCUUGUUUAGAACGAGCGGCGACAUGUGGCCUUUGCUUCCCAUUACUGAAUAUGACGGAGUGAAAAAGGGAAUGUGGUAUGAUGAAUUGAAAAUCAAAUUUGAAGUAGGAAAGUGAGGUAAUGAAAAAUUGAAAAGGGGAAUGAGAAUGAAGAAACAACUACAUUGAGAUUAGG